GAUAGGUGUGGCAAUAACGUACUAGAAAGUGAGCACGACAGAUAUUCGCAAAUAUAGUACUAUUUAGCAUCUUUAGCGUCGUUCUACUUCAGCGUAUUUGGAUCCGGCUGUUGUUUUCUUCCACUCCAUUGUCGUGCUCGCACCCUCAACAAGACCGCUCCUUGACUAUCCUUUCCACAAUUAGUUGCAUAACUUUGCUUCAGUCUCUCAGCCCUUCCACUUUCCACUGAACUCUGACUCCCACACUUCGAUUCGCCAGGUGACUAGACCUCACAUUUACCUACAGGGAAGAUAAGAACAGAAAUUUUAGUAAAGCCCAUAAUGAUCAAGCGAUCACCAAGCAGAAACCACAGAUCCAAAGGCAUCAAGGUGAAGCAUGUUCUGCAAAUUUGUCUAUUGCUUGGUGUAUGCUUCUGGUUAAUCUACCAAGUCAAGCAUUCCCAUGAUAAAAAGAAGGAGUUCGAUGAGAAAGAUGCUAAACUCUCAGUCAAGACACAAAGUGGCACUGAGCUUCUUAAAUUGGGGAGGAAAGAUAUCCAUCCUCAUUUGGAAGAAGUACCUGAGAUAGAGAAGCAUGUGGAAGAAGAGGAAGAAGAAACUGGAGGAGAAGAAGAAGAAAACAAACAUGAUGAAGAAGAGCAAGAAGAAGAAGAAAACAAGCAUGAAGAAAAAGAGCAAGAUGAAGAGGAGAACAAGCAUGAAGUAGAAGAUCAAGAGGAAGAGGAAAACAAGAGCGAAGAGAUAGAAAGAGGAGCAGGAGAUGAUGAGAUGGAUGAAAAUGAUCAAGAGAAAUUAGAUGGGGAUGCUGAUCAUGAUGAGGAAUUGCUAGAUGAGGAGAAAGAGGGAGAAGAGGAAAACAAGGAGAGUGAGAGGAAUGAGAGUGAUAACAAAGCAAGUCAAUUAGAAACUUCUUUGGAGGAUCAGGAUCAUGAUGGAGGUAAUCAUGAGGCACGAGAGGAACAUUACAAGGGAGAUGAUGCUUCCAGUGCAGUGACCCAUGACGCCCAGACUAUCAUCUCAGAGGCUGGUAAAUUAAGUUCAGGGAACUCAAUUGAGAUAUCUGAAAUGAAUAUCUUAGGUCAGGAGAACAAAUCCAAAGGCACUCAGGAAACUGAUACUGAUAAAAACAAUCCAACAAUAAAGGUGGUAGAAAGUGAAAUUGAUAGCAAUGGCACUUCUCUGAAUGCAAUUACUAUCGAACAGAAGGGAAAUAAUGGUUCUUCCAACUCUGUGGAUGGCUUAGUUGAAAAUUCUACUACGAUAGCCCAAUCUACUGAUCAGCCUGAAGCAAGCAAUGACACAACUCUGGUGAGUAAGGAAGUCAGCAAUAACUCAGAUGAAGUAAGUACUGAUAGGAAUAACUCAACAGAUACAGGUAUAGGCACUUCUGAUUUUUCCCAGCAGAAUGGGACAGUGAAUAUAUCUGAUUCGGCUCAUGCCCAAAAUAUAACAGCGGACCUCUCGAGUGUGCAGACCUUCGAAAUCGAACAGAAUGGUAACUCUACCUCGGUUUCUGGGAGCAAUCAAUCUGACAUUAAUUCAACGGUUUCAAUUAAAAUUGAAAAAGCAGAUGCUGGUGCCAUAGAAUUAUCUACUUCAUCUAAUACUACGGAGUCUUCUCUAUCAGAAAAGAUCACAACUGAAACAGAAGAUGGCUCUGUGUCUUCAACUUCAAAGGAAAAUACUGAUGCUACAAAGAACAAGGCAGAUGGAAAGAGUGAAUUAGGUCGAACCAAUGAAAGCUCAGACAAUUCCUCCAGAGAUGAAGUUCCGGAUGUUGUUGAACACAACCCUGUUGAUGCUUCUAAUUCACAUAUCGCUCUAGAUGAAAAAUUAAACACGGAUCUGGAUAAGAUGCCGGAGAUAAGAACUGAAGGAGAGAACAGCAAAGCCGUUGCCGCAGAGUGAGAGGAUAAAUGGUGGUUUUGUACUUGUAAGUGCUAUAAAGUAUAGUUUCUUAAUGUAUAAUGUACCUCUGUCUUCAUGCUACCAUUAAGGUUGUUAGAGCGGUUUGUUUCAAUUUUAGAAGCUCCUCUCUAUAGAAUCAUCAACUUAGCAGGAAACUGUAACCUGGUGGAUAUUCACAACAGAUUUUGUUUGCAUAAUUUAUUUCAACUUUCCAUUUUACAUCGGGUAAUAUCU